CCGAUCAACCUCCAGCAGUUCCACGAUCCGUCCGUCCGGCCAGUCUCCGCGUUUCCAGCCGUUUCCCGUCCCUUAAACUCGUUCAGUCCGCGCACACGGGAAGACUAACCCGAUGACUUCGACAACUUCUGACGCCUCCGAGCGAGAGUCGCCGAACCCGAGCGAGCAGAACGGCGACGGGAGCGAAUCUGGCCUGCGCGCCGCCGACCAGGAACCGGCCUUUAAGAUGGACGUGAACGGCGAGACGCACGAGAAGUCCAACGGCGAAGAAUCGAGGGAACAAAGCCCGGAGGAAGCCACGAGGGAAGACGGGGGUGACGAUGAAAGAGAACCCGAAGCGGAAAUGGAGAAAGAGCAACUGAAGAACCCCGGUAGCGUGGACGGGACGGUGGAGCAGCUGAAGAGAGAACAAAAGGAGGAGGAGGAGAACGCGUCCUCACCGGCGGAGAAAAGCGGCGUCGGCGUCAUGAAGAGACGCGCGAGUUUAGAGAUCAGUUUAUCCUCUGAUGGAGAGCCGCUCAACCGCAUGGACUCUGAGGACAGUAUCAGUAGUACUCUGAUGGAUAUGGAGAGCAUCGCGUCCAGUGGCCGUUCUACUCCAGCUAUGAUGAAUGGGCUCGGCGGGGUGUCUACGUCAUCUGUUAAGGGCUCAUCUUACCCCUGCUGCUGGGACCAGUGCCACAUGCUCUUUAACACCAGCCCAGACCUGGCUGAACACAUCCGCGGACUGCAUGUGGACGGCCAGUGCGGAGGGGUGUUUGUGUGUCUCUGGAAAGGCUGUAAGGUUUAUAACACCCCGUCCACCAGUCAGAGCUGGCUACAGAGACAUAUGCUGUCACACAGCGGAGACAAACCAUUCAAGUGUGUAGUGGGCGGUUGCAAUGCCACCUUCGCCUCCCAGGGGGGGCUAGCGCGCCAUGUGCCAACCCACUUCAGCUCACAGAAUUCCUCCAAACUCUCCAGCCAAAGCAAGGUGAAGGAAGAGUCGCCGUCCAAAGCGGGCAUCAACAAACGGAGGAAACUCAAGUGCAAGCGACGCAGGUCAUUGCCACGGCCUCAUGAUUUUUUCGACGCUCAAACGAUGGAUGCAAUCCGCCAUCGCGCCAUCUGCCUCAAUCUAGCAACCCACAUUGAGAGUCAGGGCAAAGGUCACAGUGUGGUCUUUCACAGUACGGUGAUCGCCAGGCGGAAGGAGGAUUCUGGGAAGGUGAAGGUGCUGCUUCAUUGGAUGCCAGAGGACAUACUUCCAGAUGCUUGGGUCAGCGAGAGCGACCGUCCUCAGAUGAAGACCAAAGUGGUCCAUCUUUCCCAGCUUCCUCAGGACACAGCGGUACUACUGGACCCGAACAUCUACAGGAUGUUUUUCUAGAAGACGGGGUGGGGAGGGCGGCUUCUGUCAGCCCCUGCUGACGUACCCAAACAGAAGUGGAUGCGCAGAUCUUUUGAGACAAGAGAAAGACUUCUUUUUCCCCCCUUUCUUUUUUUCUCUUCUUUUUCAUGCUCCAAGUCUGCCAAAGCAUGCAGUGAAUUUUUAAUGUGUUGUUAUCCCUUGAAGAGGGGAAAAAAGGCACAACAUUGUGAACUCUGCCGAUGUUGGACUUUUAACUAUCGAGGAAGACUUUGCAAAUUUCUUAUCUACAACAAUGUACUUUCCCACCUUGCAUCUGACAAGCUCUUAUAAGUUCUGAUUAUCAUAUUUCUUUGUCAAGAAAGUGCCCAUGUAAAUAUUCCAGGAGAUUUGUAAUAUAUUUUUGUACUGCAAAGUUUUAUUGUACUGUAGAUAGAUGUAAAAUUCCAAGCUGACAAAAAAAAGAGAAGGGUAAUUGUACAGAAUGUGAUGGCUGAAUAGUUUCGGAUGAUGUAAAUGCUUCCAUAGACGGUGACAGUUUUGCGUGUUAUUCUUUCUUUUUUUUAAAAUUUGGGAUGGCAGAUAAAAUGUAGUGAUUUUCCCCCGAUCACGCACACUCUCAUAACUGCUGCUCGGCUCUCUGAUGAUGAGGAUCCAACAAUAUCACCUCACUGUGUGCACCAUUUAUGCAUGAUCUCUGUUUGAGCUAUACACAAGCCAAGGUGUAUAUAGACAUCUCAAUGUGAUGGUGCUAACGCUAACAUUAGCAUUUAGGCUAAUGCACUUAGGAAAACCGUUUAGAUCAAUACUGAUGGUUCUUCUUAGAACAUGUAAUAAUACCCUGUUCCCUAUAGAUCAUACUUCUGUUUUUGCAGUAAAGAUACAAAAUCUGAAUAUUGUUGAUGGUUUUGUUUGAGUCCGAGUGCUGAGGCUGUAGAUUUAGCUUGUUGCUAGCAGGUUUGCUGCUGACACUGGUUCCAGCCUGUAUUGAGCGCAACAGUCGGGAUCCUGAAGUUAAAAUCCCUUCAAUAGUGAUAAAAUUGAUUUUAAUGAUAACGUAAACCUUUCAGGGCAGGCCUACCAUAAGCUAUGAGCUUGUUAAAGGAAUCAU